UGUAGCUGUGCAAAUAAAGAGAGAUAACGGGCCGCAAACAGCGCGUUAAUAGUGUAGUGUUUUUUGCAAUGACAUGUCCGAGGAAUAGUUUAACGAGUAACUGAGAGGGGUUGCAGUGGAGGAAUAUCGCUAUUCGAGCGGAGAGAAGGGCGACAUUUCCACUUGUGGGGUGUGGAUAAGCCCGGGACGCGCCGUUAUAAACUUAGCCCUGCAAGUCACCGAAGUUGUCUGAAACAAGUGACUGUGGCGGAGGGGAAAGUUAGCCGCAGUUAAAGAUGAGCUUGUUGUCUGCCAUUGACAGCAGCACCUCGGUGUAUCAGCCCGCACAGCUCUUAAACUGGGUUUAUCUCUCUUUACAAGACACGCACCAGACCAGCGCUUUCGAUGCUUUUCGACCCGAAGCGACUUCUGGCCAUCCGGAUCUGAACUACAGUAAAACCCCUGCAGCCGAGCUCAGCUCCUCUCUCAGCUCCAACUAUCUCAACAGCUUCUUUCAGCUGCAGCGCAACGAGGCCUUGAAUACUGGCUUAUAUAAAAGUGUUUCUCCGUAUGGCUCUCUGAACAACAUCGUGGAUGGGCUGAACUCUCUAACGGACCACUUCUCCGACCUCUCCCUGACCUCUGAGCCACGCAAGCCCAGCAAGAGACCUCCACCGAACUACCUGUGCCAUCUUUGCUUCAACAAGGGCCAUUACAUCAAGGAUUGCCCUCAGGCUCGGCCCAAAGGUGAAGGUCUGACACCUUAUCAAGGAAAGAAGAGGUGCUUUGGAGAAUACAAGUGUCCCAAAUGCAAAAGGAAGUGGAUGAGUGGAAACUCCUGGGCCAAUAUGGGACAGGAGUGUAUCAAGUGUCAUAUCAACGUGUACCCUCACAAACAGCGUCCUCUGGAGAAGCCUGAUGGCCUGGAUGUUUCUGACCAGAGCAAGGAACACCCGCAGCAUCUGUGCGAGAAGUGCAAAGUCCUGGGCUACUACUGCCGCCGCGUGCAAUAAGGAUCUGCAGGGUCAUGCCCACUCUUGCCUCGCUCUCCCUCAGCUAAUCUUCCCCUCUGCCCUCUCCACGAAGAGCUCCAAGUAAAAAUGUGCCAAAAUGUUUGUUUUUUUUGUAAAUAUUGCUAAUGAAAUUAUGGCCUUGUGUAUCAAAAGUGCAAAAAAAACACACUUAUUUUGAUAUGUGUAUAAUUGGUGAUUGAACAUUUGUUUUAGAAGGGUGUCACUGCCAGUAUUGAUAUCCAAACCGGGCACAAUGGGUGACCUCAACCUUGUGCUCUCUGACUGCGUGUUUACAGACUGCCAUCAUUUUCCCUGUCAAGUGAACUAUGUGGAUGUGCUGAGUGGUAAAGGUAUUAUAUUAGUUCAGUCACACAGGGCCGAGUAUGCCUUGCAAUGUUCUUUGGGUCAACAGCACACCAAUUUAACUGUGAAUUAACAGGGGCUAUUGUACUAGUCAUCCCUGGAUUUAUGUUCCAUAUUUAUUUGUAAUGUUUUUAUAUCGUCGUGCAAUUGAUUCAACUUAACUGGGAUUUGUAUGCACAUAUUGUUUAACCCCACCUCUUACCAUUAGAAACUACUGUAGGAUAGCAUGAUUUCGUGAGAAACUUUCUUUUGACACACACAAACACACAUAUAUAUAUAUAUAUAUAUAUAUAUAUAUAUAUACACACACACACAGUAUUGCAAGAUAACUUACCAAGCACUACAACAUUCAACAGGAUGUCAGGAAGUACCAGAGUUAACAUUUUGAAAGGAUUUUUAAUGAUUUUUUUUUUUUUUUUUUUUUUUGGACAGUAAAGAAAUGCAACAUACAAAAGUCUAAGUUGGUAGCACAUGUAGAUUCACAAUAUUACAGGUCUGAAUGCUACAGCUCCUUACGGGAUACAGGAUAGAAUCAGUAUUAGAAUCGACACCUAUCAGGUACCGUAUGAAGUAUGUCAUAACGUUUAAGGCCUGCUAAAGUAUGUAUCUAUGCAAUCCUACAUUGGGUUUGUCUUCAAAUAUCUGAAGUGCGGGAUGUGUAUUACGUUUAUUAUUAGCAUUUAUUAGUGGAUCUAUAAAAGUACUUAGUACUGUGUUUAAAAAAAAAAAAUCAGUCAGACCAGCUUUGUUGUAUGCAUACUUAUCUGAUGUCUUUUAUGGUCUAUAAUGGUGUAAAAAGUUCUUUUGACUAUAUAUGUUUGGUCUUUUCAUAAAGUGCAUUUAUGGAUAGUAGUGAUAUCACAAAACGAGUUUUUUUAACAUUUCAUCUCUUUUUGAAGAUUCAUAUGUCAUGGCUGUAUAAAAGCUUUGCUUUUGUCUGCAUUUCCAGAUUAUUGACAGAAUUGACAAAUGAUGGAUUAAGUCCCAUCAGAUCUGUGAUCUUUUGUAUUUUUUUUGGGAAACAAUUGCCAGUCUAGAUGAAAUGGAGGUAAUGUGGCUGAGAAGUGAAAAGAAAAAAAAAAAAGGACAAUGUAUGUUAUAUCGAAACGCCUCGAAAGGGCUUAAACUGACAUGGUGUGGUUUAGGUUACAGUUGGUUUAACACAUGAUAUCUGGGAAGUAUUUGAGGAAUGUAGUUUACUGUAAAGGUUUUUAUCAUGGGAGACGAACGUAAAAAAAUUCAACGACAGAAAGACUAUACUGUAGUUUACCUCUGUUUUCUAAGCAAUUACUUUAUAUACUAAGUAAUACUAAGUGAUCACAUCUGAGUGUGAUCAAAGGGCAGUACAUAUUUUAUAACUUUAAAUGUAGCUUUAUUUUGUAUAACAAUGGUCAUUUGUAGACACAGAAAUUACAGGCAGAAUAUCAAAAGUUAAAAGUCUAGAUGUACAUAUAAAGCACACAUUUCUCAAUUUUAUAGAAUGUGUAUAAUUGUUUACUAAACUUUAGAAGUCCUAACCUCAUAUAUAUAUAUAUAGACUGUUUGAUUUUAUAAGAAGUAAACCAUGCCUGAAGGGAUCGGUGUAAAAUGCUUUAAGAGAUGAUGUGAAAUGUUGAGAUUCCAGAAGGUAAAUGUCAUGUCUCAUGCUGGUCUAAGAUGUGAAAAUGAUGGGGCGCUAAAGUAACGGACCCAUUAGCACUGAAAACAUGAAACCAUUAUAUAUUUUCCCCUUCAUUUAAUACUGUUUGUGUUGCCUUAGAUUUGAGUGGUAAAUUAUCACUACAUUCUGCUACCGAGGAAUCAGCAGUGAGAUAGGAAGAUCCCCGUGCCACAAAACCAGUGCAAAACCAGUCCUGCAAUUUCAUCUGUCUUAUUCUUCAGCUCCUACAUUAGUCAAUGAAUAGAGUUUCGCUGUGGAAUCUUGUAGCUAAUAGCUCUUCUGUGCCUAUAUUGGUACAAUGCAGGUUUUACUUCCAGCCUCAUAUUGCUUGGAAGGAGUUGUGUUUUAAUCGUCGUGUAAUACUUCAGAGUCUUGUUUUCCCUCAGUAAAAAGCCAAGACAUCAGUGUAAUCGCUCGCUGCUGAUUUAUAAAACUCAACACAAAACUACAUUAAAGAGGUUUUUUUCUUUCCAGAAGUAAAUUGCCUGUAGUAGUAUUGGCUCUCGUGUCCCCUUUCAUUUUUGUGUAGGAGCAAGACUUCCUUGAAAAAAUGGAUUUAAUAAAGUACAGAUUUUUAUGGCUAAGAUUUUAAUUAGGUUAUUAGGGUUCCUCAGUUUGUUUUCUUUUCUUUUUUUUUUGUUUUUUUUUGUUUAACCCUGUGAUGUGCUCGUUUUGCUCUUCCAGCCAGAGAGGCGAUCGCAGAUGGUGAUUUACAUGCAUUUACAAGUGCUUUUGCAAUUGUGUCUGUCUUGAAAUAUGUUAUACUUGACUUUUUAUAGCUCACUCUCAACGUCAACUUGUUUUUCUGUGUAUUUUGGAAACCAGUAUAGAUGUGGAAAUUAUUGCAAUUUGAAACCAGAUGCAAAUGUUUUUCUUUUGUCUUUUUUUUAUUUUUUCCCUUUCAAAGAUACAAUUGUAUGUUCGCUUUUCUGUAUAUAUUCGAUAGCCAUUGUCAUUAGCUCUUUUCAAUGUUAUGAUGCAAUAUUCGAAUUGUUUAUGCGAAAAAAGGGCCGUUUUUUUUUAAGCUACAAAAGAGCUGGGAGUUUUUACAUUGUUUUACAAUAAUCUUAAGGUUUUAUCCUACAGAAAUAUUUAUGGAAAGUCUUUCUGCAUUUUCUUUUUUUCUUGUGUGUGUAUAAAAAGCAACAGAACUACACUAUGAAGGAAAUAUUGAUGAUGACAUAAUAUGAUUGAGAGGUUGGUACAUAAUUAUUAUGCCCUUUCAAGCCAUUUAAUGCUUUUUUGUUGUUGUUGUUAUUUUAGAGCUUCUCAGUGUAUACAGUAACUUUACAUAGUACAAACACAAGUGCUUUAAUAUGGCUAUAAAAUCACAGCGUCUCUGCACAGAUGUUUAGAAUAGCAGUUCUAGGAAAGCAAUAGCAUUGUAAUAACUAACACUUCAUGUAAGAAACUGACUCACACCACUGUAAGUCAAACUGUAUCGAACUGUGAGUGUUUUAAUGUCACCAGUUAAUUCACCAGGUCAAAGAAUGAAUAUGAAUUUUCUUCAUCUUGUUUUUGAGAUUAAGAUUUCGCCUAACUGUGUGUGAGACAAAGAACUGUAGCUGAGUUUGCAUGUGCAUGUAUUUUUUAACAGAUUUAUUAAGUAUCCUUUUGUGCAAUUCUAUUAUUUAAUAUUAGUUCAAUGUAAUUUCUUGGAAAACGUGCUUUCAUAGAGUUCACCUCGCAAGUAACGGAUUGUUGUAUAAUUAAAUGCCUUUAUUCACUUGUAGGGUAUAUUAGAUGAAUACAUAUUUACUGAAUGUACUGAUGACUCGCUCAUGUGACAAGUUAGAAUCUCGUGUUUAUGAUGUCUGUAACAUUUUGAAAUCAUAUUGGAUUGGACGGAGCGACAGCGUGAUGGAGGUUUUUAAAGAGAGAACAACUGUUGCUUAAUGUCCAUGAAAUGGCAUUCCGAUAUGUGCCUUAUUUGUUAGCUAGAAAAAUCGAAUAUUUUGUGCUUUUAGGGUUUGUUGAAUUAAAACAUUGAAUCUAAAUUCA